AUGGCCAGAGCCCCCCCUUUUUCAGACACAUCUCCCAAAGAGCUCACACGGCCAUUCAACCAAGCACCGACGGUUCGGGUUGAGCGCAACCACCCGGGUGUUCCUGACAAGGAGAAAGCGACUCAGAUUUCAGCCCCGGCCAAGGGAUCAUCGUCCGAUGCGGAAGCACAUAGGUCCCCACCAGCAGCACGGAAUCACGAUCACGCAAUCCCGCAUUUUGGAUCUCCCUCCUGCAAUCCACAAGAGCUACUCACGGACGAGGCGGGCAAGGAAAGAAGGCAGUCUCACCCCCCUCUCGUACCACCAACGGGUGGCUCUCGCCGCUUUCCGGGGGAAUCCGCAGACCGAACUCAGAACCAUAUGGUAAAUCGGCCGGUAAAAGAUAUUGCACAUGUUGGGUUGACGAAAGCGAUCCACCGGGUUCGCCCGGUUUCCCGGAGCUCCAACGUGUCUAAGCAAAGGUCGAGAUGUGGAUCUCUGGCUUCCAGUCCAGUCAUACGACAACGGAGAGCCAACAUUAGCCAUGAGUUUACAACUGGAAUGGCCGGUGUCAUCAACCAGUUUACACAGCAGCAGAGCGCUGCUCUUGAGGAACAGAAAUCGAAAUACCACAAGUACAUCAAGCGGCUUAAACGGGAUCUUGCGGAUGGAUCUGGGGUAAUCGCUCAGCAAAUUUCCCAAAUCGACUCUCAGGCAAGCCAAAUUAAUAGCUUGCGGGACUCGCAAGAACAUAUGAUGGGUCAACUGAAAGACAUUGAAGCUAAGCUGGGGGCAUCCGAAGACCGCGGCCGGAAACUGGAAGAAAAGUACCGCGCCUGCAAAACACACCUCAACUCUGCCAUCAAGGAGCAACAAGAUCUGUACACUCGUUCUAAGAAGCAUUGGGGGGACACGAUUGAGCAAAUAAAUUCCCUCAAGCAGCAGAUCGAGGAGAAAGAAGCCGAGCUAGGUCAGGAGCGGGAAUCUGUCCGUUCCUUGUCUGAAAGGCUGCAGGAUCUUCGAGCUACCUCGAGUGGUUUCGAGGAGUUGGCUUUACAGGGGAAGGAGAUUCUGCGAGAGCUGGGAGAACAACACGCAAAGGCGGAAGAGCAUCGCAACAAGUCCGCAGAGGAGUUGCAAAAAAGGCUUAAUGUGAUUGCCACUCGCCUCCAGACACUUUCCGAUAUCAUGUCUGGGCAGCCGGACGCCAUGUGCGGCAUUCGGGAGGCCCAGGAUGAAUCACUGAAUAUCGUUACGGCUAAGCUCGACAGUAUCCUGGAGUCGCGAGUUGCGGCUGCGGACGCCGCCGGCCAAUUGUCGGCCGACCUUGAACUUCAUACAGGGAAAAUAUGGCAGCGCCUGGAUAGUCACCUCGAAUCACUGAGUAAGCAGCUCGCAGAGAAAGCAGAAGAGAAUGGCAUGGUGUCCACACUCUACAAAAGGAAGGACGCCGAAUGCGAGGAGCACUUGAAUGAGCUCGCAAUGUUGAGAGCGACCACAGAGAAGCAAGCGGACCAGAUUCAUGAACUGGAGGCCAGCUUGGUUGUCUCGGAUGCAGCCCAGGACCAAAACGAGGAGACAAUUCGACGGCUGGAUGAGCGAGCCACAGAGACGGAGCGGCUAAGAGAAGAGGUCAACUCCAAAACGGCUGCCGUGGCCGAACUACAGCGCAGACUCGAUACCAAAGAGGCGGCAUUUUCUUCUGAACUCCAGAACUGCAGUUCAAACAUCCAAAAGCUCGCUAAUGCACUUCAGGAGAAGGACCAGUUCUUGAACACCGCGGCCCAGCAAGCAGCUGAAGCAGCUCGCCAGGAAAUGCGACACGAAAUGGAGAAAGCCCACGCAAAAACCGAGAAAUCUCUUCAAGAAACAAUAAAAGACCGGGACUCCUUGGCUUCUCAGAUAGAAGAGCUCAAACGACAGGUUCAAGAAAAGGAGACAAGCCAGUCUCGGGAUGCUGCCACAAUGCGUUUAUUGCAAGAGAAUCUUGCACUGGAGGAAGAGAGAGGCAAACUGGCAACUGAGAAACUCACACAACGUUUGACUGAUCUUGAAGAGGUGGAAAAUAAACUAACAGCGCGGCUAAAAGCCUUGGAGAUAGAGCUUAAAGCGGCCAGUGAUCGAGCAGUUGGCUUGAAGGCCGAAAACCAGCGCCAGCACACCAGGUCCGAAACGCUCAUUUCCGGUCUGAAGCGUUGGGCUCAGCGAGCAGGGCUUUUUGCAAAUGGGUUAGACAACCUCGGCGACAGCCAUGAAAAUGUCGAGAAAAUCACCGAGAUCCUGACGCGUACUCUGGGGCCUUUGUCGGUUCGCCUGGACGCACGAACUGGUAACCCGAAUGUGAGCCUAGGUGAUUCACUACUUGGCAGAGAGGACUCAAAGUUUUUCUCGAGCCAGAAUAACCAGCCCAUACCGGAAGAUCUCAGCACCCACACUGGAAUUGACCCCAUUAUGGAAGGCGGCAAAGGUGACGCGAUGGCGAAACAUCUAGGGACCGAUGACGCCACAGAGGGUACGCUUGAUAACGACCCGUUGCCGUACGCAUCUAGACUGCAUCACAUGAGGCGCGUUGUUGUCCGCAGCCCGGCAAAUGUGCCGAAUGAGCCGGCCGCACCUUCAAUCGACCAGGAGAAGAUGCGUAGAAGAGGGGGGACGCAACCGAAGUCUAUCAUGAAGCGUGUUACCAGAAGCACGUCCGGCAUGCUGAGGCAAGGGGGAAACAAUACAGCUGCUAACCAAGGGGCGUUUAAAAGAAACAGAAAAGACGAGCUUUCCAAUGGCCCGGCCCUUGCUCACGAACUCGAGGGCAUACGCGGCGACACCAAAGCCAUUUCAGCACCCGAAGCAGAGGCAGCCGAGGACACAAGCGGGGCAUUUCCAGAGCGGCCUUGCAAACGGAGACGUUCGGAAACGGCAAGACCUGAUAAUUCGGCGACCUUCAAAAGCGCCGGGCAAGACAUGAAAGGGAACUCAUCCAGGCCGGUCCCGAUUUCCAAUGUCGAAGCGGUGGACCGGAAGGAUGAGGUCUCAAUCGUGGCCCAAAGCAAGGGACGACGUCAGGAAAAUCAGCCUAACACGAGCAGUUCUCACGAUCUUCUCAAGCCCACAUCAGUCCGUAACUCGCGGACAUAUUCAGGGUCCAACUCACAGGGCCUGCAUAGAGUACCGUCAGCAAACACCCGCAGGGCUUUGGGCUCAAGACAAACGAAUGUGCGGACCUAUGGCUCACAAAGGGCGGCCGGGGGACAUUCGACGGAGGGUCAAUACACAGAAUCCCGCUUUCCGCUACGGCCACAGCCACAGUCUCGGUACUGGCCGCCGAAGCUGAAGGAGGAGCCGCAGGAUUCGAAGACUUUCUCACAGGGUAUCGUUACUAACGAGAAUUUGUUAGUUCCCUUCCGGAACUGA